AUGCGAAGUUGCCAAGGGCAGUGCUGUGGUCGCUGCAUUGGAGGAAGAGUUGCUGCCCUAUUUCUAUCGCUGUGUGGGGUGCGAGCGCCAGGGCUGGAAGGCGACUGCGCCGAUGUGGUUGCAACUGUUGCGACCCAAGGGCGAUCGUCGAGCAGCGGGGUUGAGGCUGUAGUGAUGGCAACCUGUGGUGAUGGUAACCUGCAGUUGUGGCAGAAUAUGCUAAGCAAGGGGGAGGCGGCGUUGAAGCGGCCGGGGUUGACAAGAGGAAUCGGUGUUGCAUGCACUGUUGGGGUUGAGGCAGGGCAGCAUAAUUGCUGCGAGGGAUGGUCAAGUGACUGCAGCUGCGACACAAGGGCAGGCAGCAAUGGUGGCACAGUUGGGGGCAGUGGAGGCAGAGAUGGUGGCGUGGUUGGGGGCAGCGGAGGCAGCGAUGGUGGCGCGGUUGGGGGCAGCGUCAUGGACGAUAUAAGUGACGAGGGGGUUGGUCCGCUAGCUGGGAAGCAGCAGCCAUAG